CACGACUAUACUGCUGCGAAUUCCUAUCGUAUUCGUUUUUUCCCCCACACAUACACACGGCACACGCAUACAGCGCAACAAUAACAUCGGGCCCCAAAAAAAGGGAAAAAAAGACGACGGACAAAAACUUCGUCGUGAAUUGUAAAAUACAAAAAAAAACGCAUUCGAACGCGCUGUUUUUGUUUUUGCCAUCAUAAUAUGCCAUACAGCGAUCACCGAAAUCCAAAGGCAAUCCAAACUCUAAGAAGUUAGUUUCAAAUACAAUCACACACCGUUUGGAUCGUGUUCACAAACUCAUAGUAAAAAGGAAAAGAAAAAGAAAAAAAAAUAGAAAAAAAUUGGACAAAAUAAUAUCAACGAAAAAGAAAAACGGCACUGAAUGUUAACCGGUAAAGAUAGCGGUAAAUUGCGAGGGAGAAGGACAACGACAACAACGACCACAGAGGGGGCAAAAAACAGCAACAAAGUGCAUCAUCCUUCUCCUGCUCCCCAUCCUCUUCCUUAUUUACUGUUAUAAUGGACACCAUCUGUAGAUUGUGCUUCCAAACGGCAACGUUGUUCCAGGUGCCCGGCUAUAGCAUACCCACGUGCGUCCGCUGCUCGGAGCAGUUGACAAAUAAUUCCAACUUCCAUCAGUCGGCGGCGGCAGCUGCAGCCGUCGCUGCCUCUGCCUCGGCCGCAGUCGCCGCCUCCGCAGCAGCGGCGGCUACCUCCUCGUCGACGGCCUCCUCCAGCGACAGCGACGCCAUCGCGCAGCAGCAGCAGCAGCAGCACCAGAACCCGCAGCAGCAGCAGCAGCAGCAUCAGAAUUCGCAACAGCAACAACAGCAGCAGCAGCAAAUGCAAUCAUCCAGUUCUUCCGAGAACCUACAGUCGCAGGACGACUCCGAAGACGUGGAUCUGAUAUUCAACGAGGAGGGCUCCUGCCCGCUAUGCAACAAAACUUUCUCGCGCAAAUCCUCGCUCAUGACGCACAUACGAAAUCACUCCGCGGAGCGUAAGUUUGUGUGCACCUACUGCCACAAAGGCUUCACGCAGGCGGCCAACUUGCGGAACCACGAACGCAUCCACACGAACGAUCGGCCAUACCACUGCGUGGACUGUGGCAAGACCUUCACUCAGAUCACCAAUCUGAACAAUCACCGCCGGCUGCACACCGGAGAACGGCCCUUCGUCUGCAAUGAACCGGAGUGCGGUCGCAGUUUCGCCCAGGUGACGAACCUGAACAACCACAUGAAGUCGCACCACAAGGUGCAGCAGUACUGCUGCAACGUGUGCAACAAGAAGUUCACGCAGGUGACCUCGCUGAACCAGCACCUGCAGGCGCACGCCGGGGUCACCGGAUACUACUGUCCGCGCUGUCCGGAGAAGAACUUCAAGCUGCAGUCGCAGCUGCACACGCACAUGAAGACCCACGGCCUGGCCUUUCCGUACGAGUGCGACAAGUGCGACGAGAAGUUCCUGCAGCAGGCCCAUCUCGACCAGCACCUCAAGAUGCACGACGAGUUCAAGUUCAAGUGCGACAUCUGCCCGAGCAGCUUCAACCAGGAGUCGCUGCUGAAGAAGCAUGUGCAGCGCCAUGUCGAGGGUCGCUACCUCUCCUGUCCGGUGGCCAAUUGUGCCGAGUCUUUUGCGGUGCGCCAGCACCUCUCCAAGCACCUGCUCACCAACCACGCCCACCACGAGCUGCCGCCUCCGAAGCGAUCCAAGAAGGCGGGCACGCUGCAGACGUCGCAACAGCCGCUGGCGAUGAUCGGCCAGCCGUUGUCCCUGCAGCACACGACAGGGCAACGUGGACGUCCGCCGAAGAACAAGAACAAGACGACAACGCUGGCCGCCACGGCCAUCAAGAUUGAGAUCAACGAAUCGCUACACAGCCAGCAUAUCAGCAAUGUCAGUGGCCUGUCCAUCCAGCAGCAGAUCAACCAGCACAUGCAGCAGCAGGCGGCACAGCAGCAGGCGCAGCAGCAGGCACAACAACAGCAGCAGCAGCAGGCGGCGCAACAGCAACAGGCGCAGCAGCAGCAACUGCUGCACUUGCCAAUGGGCCAGGCGGUCAAGGCGCGUUUCAUACCCACUAAGUAGGCUAGUUAAGGAUGGAAAGAAGGUCUCUCUUAGCUUAAGCCCCACACGAUCAGCUGCUAAAGUCCCUUAUUAGCAUAGCCAUAGCCAAAGUAGCAUCACAUUCAGCACAUACACACGCAAAAUAUGAUAGAUAUGGCGCGGAUGUUUUGGAGUCUGCAGAUCUAAAUAGUUUUGGGUUUCUUAAGUUGGUGAGACAUGCACUCGUUAUACCCGUUACCCGUGGGGCAAAAGUGUGUACAAGAUUGGUGAAAAGGUAUGGAACAGGCAGAAGGAAGCGUUUUCAAGCCUAUAUUGUGGAUCAGGAUCACGAGCCAUGUCCGUCUGUCUGUCCGUCCGUAGGAACGCCACUAGCUGCGUAAUGGGCAUACCGACUAUAGCGGUCUCCCAUUGUUCAUUGUUUCCUGCUUAUCAAACAUUUUUGACUCCACUAUUGAUAUCAUCAACUCUUUGGGUAUCAGAAAGUGGAUAACCAAUAUAACCCACUUAUUUUGAAAUCGGCGAAC